ACAAAAAAAAAAAAAAAAAAGUCGCUGGAGUCGAUCAACUCAAGGCUCCAGCUCAUUAUGAAAAGUGGAAAGUAUGUGCUGGGUUACAAGCAGACUUUGAAGAUGAUCAGACAAGGCAAAGUGAAAUUGGUCAUCCUCGCCGACAACUGCCCAGCUUUGAGGAAAUCUGAAAUAGAGUAUUAUGCCAUGUUAGCUAAAACUGGUGUUCAUUACUGCAGUGGCAAUAAUAUUGAAUUGGGCAUAGCAUGUGGAAAAUACUACAGGGUAUGCACACUGGCCAUCAUUGAUCCAGGUGACUCUGAUAUCAUUAGAAGCAUGCCAGAACAGACUGGUGAAAAGUAAAUCAUGUACAUUUUUUCUUUAAUAAAACUUGCUAGAGCUUGUUUAAAAAAAAAAGUGUCAAAAUGUUAAACAAAUGGAAGGUAGUUCAAUAGAACGGAGUUUAUUCCUUUAUAAAACCUGCCUCAACCCAAAGACUCCAAGAAAAAAAAUUGAGAGAAAAGACUGCAGAGCAUCCCCUUGGCAAGAGUAAGAAUUUUCCACUACCACUUGCCCUAAGGGCAUUGACAUACCUCAUCAGGGAAAUAUCACUAGAUGUGAUCAUCAGAACAGCAUUGCCUGCUCCUCUAGCACAAAACCCUCUGUCUGGAAUUCACAGAAAUCUGUGGAUAAAGGGAAAUUGUUAUGUCUUAGUUUAAAAAAUAUUUGGUAGAUCUUAACUCCUUAGGGAACCUGCUUCCUAAUAGUGUCAAUCCUAAAUUGACUCUGUUACCAAUAAAAAGAAUGAAGCUGAGUCACACAGAGUGGGUUAAACAAACCUUUUCAUUGAUUGUGCUUCUGUGAGCAAGACUCCUGAGUUCCUCUGUAUAAAG